AGGUGCUCGCCGGCCCCGCCCCCUCCCCGCCGCCUUCCGGUGCGUGCGGAAGCCGCGCCUGUGCACCUGGGAGGGCGCACGGAGCCCCUGCGGGAGCGGCAGCCCGGGUUCUGCAGUGAGCGCUGACAGCAAGCCCACAGCUCCGCGUGGACGUGCCGUGUUAAGAAGGAACAGGACUCUCCUGGGGGCGGGAUGAUGCACGAGCUGGCCGCGGAGAGAGCUAAACCUUCACAGUUUUUUACCUUCCUGCAGGAGCAGCAGAAAAUGUACAAAGCUCAGUUCCCAGCUACUAGUUCUGAGCUUCACACAGAGGAGGGAUCGGUGUCGUUCGAAGACGUGUCCGUGGAGCUCAGCAGGGAGGAGUGGCAGCGCCUGGGAGCCGGGCAGAGGGCCCUGUACAGAGAGGUGAUGCUGGAGAACUACAGCCACCUCGUCUCCCUGGGGUAUUGCGUUACCAAACCCGAGGUGAUCUUAAUGUUGGAGCGAGGUGGAGAGCCCUGGCCCGUAGAGGAAGAAUCCCUAAGCCAGAGGUACCCAGGAUAUUACAAAGUUGAUGUCCACAUUGAGGAGAACCAGGAAAAACAAGAGAAACCUCUUUGGAGAACUGGUCCAAGGGAGAAAUGCUUUGAUAUUAAUGAAUGUGGGAGAUCCUGUGACAAAGCCACUAUUGUGGAAUAUGAUAAAGUUCAGAUGACUAUGACACACUAUGAAUGUAAUGAAAGUGGAAAUAAUUUCAACAGGAAUUUACUCCUCAUUCAACCUCAGAGGACUGUUACAAGAACUGUUAAAAGAACUGCUUUUGAAAGCAGUAAAUGUGAGGAAAACUUGACCCAAAGAUCAGCCCUUCUGGUACAUCGGAAGACACAAACUGCAGAUAAGGUCUGUGUUUUUAAUGGAUGCACAAGUACAAGGGCCUCCUCCCAGGAUUUAGACCUUACAGUACAUCAAAGAACUCCGACAGAAGAGAAAUUUUAUCACUGUGGUAAACUUCGGGAAUCCUUGCUUGAAAACUCACUUUUCAGUGUAAAUCAGGGAAACGAUAUAGGAGAGAAGUCAUUUGAAAGUAAUGAAUACAGUGAGUUCUUUUACCGGAAAGCAUACCUCAUUCAGCAUCAGAGGACCCACUCAGAGGAGAAAACCUGUGAAUGUGAGGAGUGUGGGAAAUUCUUCUGUUCAAAUUCACACACUAUUCAUUAUCCUGGAACUCAUAUCGGGGCCCAGCUCUAUGAAGAUAAUGAAUGUGGGAAAACUUUCUGUCAAAUGUCAAACCUCAGUGAACAUCUGACAGUUCACACAAAAAAUAAACCUUAUGAUAACAAUGAAUGUAGGAAAUCUUACAAGAAGUGUGCCCUCUUAGUACAUCAGCGAACACACACAGAGAUUAAACUCUAUCAAAAUAAUGAAUAUGGUAAAUCAUUCUCCAGGGUGGCACAGAUCAAAGAACACCAGAGAAUUCACACAGAAGAGAAACCAAAUGAAUGUAUUGAAUGUGGGAAAACAUUCUCCAAGACAUCAUCACAUCUCAGAGUGCAUAAGAGAAUUCACACCGGCAAAAAACCCCAUGAAUGUAUUGCAUGUGGGAAAACUUUCCCCAACAAGACACACCUCAGUGCACAUCAGAGAAUUCAUAUAGGGGAGAAACCCUAUGAAUGUAAUGCUUGUGGGAAAACUUUUCCCCAGAAGACACACCUCAGUAGCCAUCAGAGAAUUCAUACAGGGGAGAAACUGUACAAAUGUCGUGACUGUGGGAGAUCUUUUGCCCAUAAUUCAACCCUUAGAGUACAUCAGAGAAUUCACACAGGUGAAAAACUCUAUGAAUGUAAUGACUGUGAAAAAACUUUCACUCAUAAUUCAGCCCUCCAAGUACAUCAAAGAAUUCACACAGGAGAGAAACCCUAUGAAUGUAAUGCAUGUGGGAAAACUUUUUCCAAGAUAUCGCAUCUCAGUACACAUCAGAGAAUUCACACAGGGGAGAAACCUUAUGAAUGUAAUGAAUGUGGGAAAACUUUUUCCAGAAAGAUACACCUCAGUACACAUCAGAGAAUUCACACAGGAGAAAAACCCUAUGAAUGUAAUGCAUGUGGGAAAACUUUUUCCCGUAAGACAAAUCUCAGUACCCACCAGAGAAUUCACACAGGUGAGAAACCGUAUGAAUGUAGUGUAUGUGGGAAGUCUUUUGCCCGUAUAUCUGGUCUGAAAUCACAUCAGAGAAUUCACACAGGAGAGAAACCCUAUGAGUGUAAUGAAUGUGGGACAGCUUUUGCCCACAAUUCAACUCUCAGAGAACAUCAGAGAAUUCACACAGGGGAGAAACUGUAUGAAUGUAGUGCAUGUGGGAAGUCUUUUGCCCGUAUAUCUGUUCUGAAAUCACAUCAGAGAAUUCACACAGGGGAGAAACCCUAUGAGUGUAAUGAAUGUGGGACAGCUUUUGCCCACAAUUCAACUCUCAGAGAACAUCAGAGAAUUCACACAGGGGAGAAACCACAUGAAUGUAAUGAAUGUGGGAAAACUUUUGCUCGUAAGGCAGUUCUAAGAGUACAUUAUAACAGAAGGCACACCGGAGAGAAAAACCUUCCAUGUAAUGAAUUUGGGAAGUUAUGAAGAAACUGAUACUGUAUUAGAAAACACAUAGUGGGGAAGGUCAUGUCUCAAAGACUGGCAAGUUGUUUCCUUUAACUAUUUCCUCUUCUAAUAGACAAGCUUGUCUAAAUUUCCCAGUCUGGUAGGUGGGGACCUGUGGCAGUGGAGACAGGGAUGGGGAAGGUGGGGCCAGCACUCAUACUCACAACUGCACACGUGCAGACACACACAGCGCCCACCAGCUCACAGCCUUUUCUCCCUUUCUUUUCCUCCCCCCAGCUCACCCUCUGAGCCUCUCUCAGAAUGAGGAAACA